CUUUGCGGGAAUUUAUCCGUCGGCCGUGUCAAACAGUAUUAAUGUUCGCGUGUGGUGGGGUGACGCGUGGGGUGCUGCGCGACCGGGGGUGGCAGGUUCUUGGUGACUGUAAUGGCGGCAGCAGUCAUUGCACCUCCAGUCGUUUGUGGAGCAACAUGCAAUCGUCAUAAGCGGCCAUAACAUGCACCGAGCGAAUUCGAGCGCCUCUGAGAGUUCUUUCUGGACGACCAUAGAGCUGCUGGCGGACCGCGGCCGGCGGCGGUCCACUGGCGACUACGAUGACAUCACAAUCGACCUACAGCCGAGGACUUCGUCCGCCUUGAGCUUCUUGCACCCGCAUGUGCGCGCCCGCCUCGAAAAGCACAUGGGCUCCAACCUGGUGCGCCUCACCGACAAGACAUACAUGACCGACUUGGAGGAGAGGAUACGCAGCGUCAACGAGGAGAACCUCAAUAAGAGGAUAUCCAUGAGAGUCCUCGAUGAGAUGGAAAGACUGAAACGAUUGAUACUGGUGGGUAAGACUCCCCUCAAAGAGUGUCCUCCUGAGCUCCACAAUCAUCCCGUGUUCGUGUUUUGGAGGAUGGUGAAUAAGGAAGUUGCCAAAGCGUCAAAGAAAAGAGCAGAUGCAUAUUACAGGAAACUAAAAUCGUCACACAAAGCUGAUCAGACUAUUGGCGAAGAAAGUGAAGCAGAAGAAAUUGAUGAUGAAAGUUCAAAGCUAACCGCUGAACAACUCCUUGCUAAAUGUCAAGCCGACUUGGAGGAACGCAAACUAGAAGACAUCGAGAAAGGUGUUCGCUUCACCGAUGAACAAUUCGCAGUGCUUAAAUACGAAACCAAUGAUGUUAAAACAUUGAAAAACCUCACGACCGUCGAAGAGCUCUACUCACUGGCUGAUAAAAUCAUUGGCACGAAACGUGUUUAAUAAAAAUGUAACAAACAAGUCAUGUAUUUUUGUCUACUUUUGUAUUGCA